AAGUCGUCUCUCUACACUUGCUUCAUUCAUUUCUCAAACCGUUUCUCUCUCCUCCGUCGUCUCUGCAGAAUCACUCUCUCGCCGGAGUUUUUCACCUGCAGAGCUCUCGAUUUUUCUCUCGAGGAUCAUCAUUUUCUUCGGAUCAAACACCAGCAGAUAGAUGGCGUCGAGAAACUCCGUCACCGGAUUCGCGUUGUUCAGUUUUGUAUUCGCCGUCAUCUUAUCUCUCGCCGGCGCUCAAUCCCUAGCUCCAGCUCCUGCUCCCACCAGUGAUGGAACAUCGAUAGAUCAAGGGAUAGCGUACUUGCUAAUGGUGGUGGCAGUCUGGCUUUUGUUCUCGUCGAUUAUGAUGAUUUCUGGAGAUUGAUGAUAGUCUCUAUUGUUUGUUCCCCAUCACUCCUCUUCCAUAUUAAUUUAUUCUUCUUCGUUAUAGUAUUUGUGUAAUGGUCAUUUAGCUUAAAUUACCAGAAUACAAUUACCAACUCUUU